CAAAAUCAGUGACAUUUCCCUCCUCCCUCCAUGUAGUCCCCGUCAGGCUCGAGAUCGAAGUCGUCGUAUGCAGGUGGAAUUGACAUAGAUGCCUGUCAUGGCCGGCGUCACGAUCCCCCCACCCACGCGACCCCUCGCCAUCGACACGCCCUCGCCCGUCACGCAGUUCGGCAGCUACGAAUACGACCGCAUCGUCAAGCAGGGUCCGGUGCUCAAGAGGACGCGUAGGACCAAGUCGUGGAAGCCGGUACAUAUCGUGCUCCGCGCGAAACAACUCUCCAUCUACAAAAACGAAAAGGAGAGCAAGCUGCGGCAUGCCAUCAACCUUGACCACCUCACCGCCGUCGCUCGCCAAAAGGACCCCAAGCGACAGAACAAGCAUGUCUUUGGCCUCUUCUCGCCCUCGCGCAACUUCCACCUCGAGGCCGCCACCGAGCAGGAGGCUCAGGAAUGGGUCGAGGCCAUACGGCUGCAAGCGCGCAUGGAUCAGAAGGAGGAGGAAAUGUACCUGGCCAGCCCGGGAGGUGCAAGUACAAACUACAGGGGCUUCGAGCGCAGCAUCGACGCUCAUAUCAGCCCUAUGACCAACGAUGCCUUGUCGGGAUACAGCUCAUCUGAUGUAGAAGGACUCAGUCAGAGCCAGCCCCUUCCUCGAUCGCGAAAUCGAGGGUCUGUGAACAUCGGGAAUCGCAAGUCUUCGGCUGUAGACUACUCGGGCGCAGAGCAUGCAUCUUAUUCCGACUUCUCAGAUUGGGGCGGAGGGCCUCCCGGACGACAGUCUGCGCUCUCAUUAUCCCAUCCUGACCAUAGACCCUCCACAAGCAGCACACAACCAGUGACCCCUGUUUACGGGCAAGGAUCUGGCCGUCCCUCUAUGGGCGUCAGAACAGCCAGCAUGAUGUCAGGAAUCAAUCAAGGUGGUGCUGAGGAUGGUACAAAGAAGCCGUCGGUGUCCGCGCCGGACGAUCCAGAGCGCGUUAUCUGCCACGGCUGGAUCUAUCUUUUGAAGUCCACAUCUGGCGUGAGGCAGUGGAAGAAGGUCUGGAUGGUUCUACGGCCCAAGCAACUGACCGUGUACAAGAACGAAGAAGAGUACACCGCUCUAAUCGUCCUGCCCUUCCCGACUAUCAUUGAUGCGGUCGAGAUCGACGAUAUUUCGAAGACUAAAACAGCUUGCAUGCAGAUUCUGAGUGAGGAACGAAACUACCGGUUCUGCGCCGUCGACGAGGACAGUCUAGCGCGAUGGCUGGGUGCGCUGAAGAGCCUUCUUGCGAAGCGCAAAGCCGCAAAGACUGGCGUCCCCCCUCCUACUCCCGCCCCAACAUAGCAUUACCAUGCCGGCAAAAGACGGACAAGAGGCAGACGUAGAUGUCAUCACGGUCGGAUCAUGGCUGCUCAGUAGGCGUGGGCAGAGCAAAAGAUGUGCGGGCGGACACGAUGAUGCUUCAUAUGGCUUUAUGAUUGAUGAUAUCCCGGAGAAACUUAUUAUCCUACCUACGAUUGUGAUCGCGAACGCUCUCCUGCAUGCAGGAAAAACCGGAUGUACAAUGUAUGCUAGCGGCAGUGAGCAUUGCUUACGGAAAAGUCAGCGACUGGGUCAUUAGAGCCCACAAUUGAGAC